AUGGUAAUGGUCCAAUCUAUAGAUGUGUCUGUCAACAGGUUCUCAGGAAAGAUUCCAGACCUGCUAUCAAGUUGCACAAACUUGCAGUAUUUGAAUCUUUCAUGGAAUUCAUUUGAUGGCCUAAUACCAACAUCACUCACAAGUCUAAAAAAUCUUCAGGCUAUUGAUCUCUCAAGCAACAAUUUGUCAGGUACGAUCCCAAUGGCUUUCCAAGAAAUGAAAAUGCUUCAAUAUAUCUAUCUCUCUUCAAACAACUUAAUAGGAGAAGUUCCGAAGAGAGGAGUUUUUGCAAGAAUUGAUAAGUCAGCAGUUUCUGGAAAUGUUGGCCUCUGUGGUGACUGGAUUAAAUUACAACCAUGCUUUGAUUCCAAAAACAAACAAUUCUUGUUCUCUAAAAAGGUGAUAAUACUAGUUGUGAUUAGCAUUGCAAUCUUCAUCAUGUCUUCUGCAGUGUUCCCAUUUUUUUAUAGGAGGAAUACAAAUCAGAAUAUCCCAAACCUCAACUUUGGGCCUGAAAGGAUUUCACAUGAAGAGCUUGUAUAUGCAACUAGUGGAUUUAGCCAAACCAAUCUAUUAGGAGUUGGUAGUUUUGGAUCUGUUUAUAGAGGGAUUCUCAAAAAUGGUACAAAUAUUGCUAUUAAAGUUCUCAAUUUGCAGGAUGAAAAUGCUAUCGAAAGUUUUGAAAGAGAAUGCAAUGUGCUAAAGAGAGUUAGGCAUCGCAAUGUGAUCAAAAUUAUUUCAGCAUGUUCUAACCUUGAUUUUAGAGCAUUGGUUCUUCCAUUCAUGUCAAAUGGAAAUUUAGAGAGAUGGCUAUAUCCUCAGGGAGGAGAUGAAUGCAGAUUAAAUUUGGCUGACGAUUAA